GACGGCGCCUCUGCAACCUAACCGGUGUCAUCAUCGCACGACCGACCGAAACGCACACAUACCCUUUCGCAAAAGCCAACGCCGCCGCCCGAGUCAAAGUCUCCUCAAAGUCAACAGAUUAAACAGAUUAAAUCGAAGGAGAAAAAACCAUGAAAUCCGUAACAAUCUUGUCGCUGCUCCUCAUCUCCGCCGUCGUAUCGUCCGCACCCACUUACUCGGACUAUGAAAACGCCAGAGAAUUGUACGAUCUGCUAAUGCAAAGGGAACUGUUGGAGUCGGUCGCCAAUCCUCUACUGGAAGCCGCCGCCGCCCAGCACCGCAUGGUCCGCAAAAAUCAGAGGUCGCCUUCGCUUAGACUCCGGUUCGGACGCCGAAGCGAUCCGGCUCUCUACCAGAAUGCUUUGAACGGGGAAUAUCACAGUGACGCCGAAGUCAAUUAAAAAUGAAACUUUAUAUUAUACAUCAACAAAUAUAUAUUAUUACUCUUACAUUUACGCUUACAGUAUUAAAUCUUCGGCCAUGUUUUUGUUCGUUGUACUUCCUGGCAAUGCUUUAGCCAACUAAUGAAAUAAUUUUCCCCGCGUAGUACUUAGAAUACGUCUUAGUGUUACAAGUGUUUAGCUUAGAUAGUAAUUGCGUACGUUUCAUAAACUAUUUUCUUGAGUAGAUUAAAUUUAUAUAAUAAUGUUUCAUCAAUAAUAAUAUAUGUCAUAGGUCAUAUCCGUUAAUCUUCUACUGUUGUUUGUGCAAUUCCUAUUUUUCACUUAAACAAUAUAUUAUAUUAUAUAAAACCCCAAAAUGAAUUUUUUAGCCAUAUUAAACGAAGGAAAUUUUUUUGAGGUCAAAUUAAAUAAUAAUAGUUGAAUGUUUGUAAAGUGAGUAAAAAUCAAUAAAUACAUUUAUCCGUCAAA